CAGAGGAGCAUGGAUCGCUGGAUCGGGCGGGUGGCACUGGUGACGGGCGCGAGCUCGGGGAUCGGGGCCGCCGUGGCCAGGGACUUGGUGGCGCAUGGGCUCACCGUCGUGGGACUUGCCAGGAGGAAACAUCGGGUCAAGGAGAUUGCGGAGGAGCUGAUAGACUGCCGAGGGAAGCUCUACGCUGUGAAGGCUGAUAUAAGUAAGGAGGAAGACAUCGUCUCCGCGUUUAUCUGGGUGGAGAAGAGCCUGGGAGGGGUAGACAUCCUAAUCAACAGCGCCAGUGUCACUGCCAGUGUGCCAAUAGUAGAUGGGAAAUCGGAUGAAUGGAAGCGAAUUUUUGACGUGAACGUAUAUGGGCCAAGCAUAUGUGCCAGAGAGGCUGUCAGAUCCAUGAAAUCCAGAGGAGUUGAUGAUGGUUAUAUCAUCAAUAUAAACACACUGCCGCCAUCUCCUGGAGGAGCACGGGACAGUAUCCUUAAAGCUAGCAAACUGGCGCUGACAGUCCUCACCGACGGGCUCAGGGCAGAAUUUACUGAGGCCAAAUCCAGGAUCAAAGUCACGUGUGUAACUCCUGGUGCGAUGACAAGUGGAGAUACCAACAAAGGAACUUUGGAGAUUUUGCGCAGACAAACUCUUCUGGAAGAGAGACACGUCGCGGAAAUGGUGACCUUCAUACUAGCGACACCACCAAACAUACAGGUGUCCGACUUAACGCUCAAGCCGAUCGCCAGUAAGCCCGCCUCCUUCCGACCUAGACUGUCCAAGUGAUGACAUCACAUGCUUCUCUUACUUAAUCGUCACAGUUCCUCUGCUCUUCAGUAAACGAUCUACCAAACUUGUUAAAGCCGUUUUAAUAUUAUUCUAUUAUAAAUAAAGAAAUAACACAAAGUUU